CAACAGUCCACGUCACUGCAGCGCAGCCGCAGAGGUGUAGCAGCAGUAAGCUGAGGUGGAUUUCCUUUCAGUUAGCUAGCUAGUGUGAAAGGACCAGUGCAGUUUUUGCAGCUAGACCACAGAAACAACCUCUCGGAUAACAAAAUGAUUCGGAUAGCUGCUUUCCUCGCUGUGCUGGUGGUCGCCUGCUCGGGAGAGACCUGCACAGACCCAGCAAUCACCCCGUCGGCCUACACCACCUCUGACGCCGUCAUCUCCUCUGAGUCUGUCUUCAUCGUUGAGCUCAGCCUGGCCUGUGCCAACGGAGCACAGAGUGUGACUCUGUAUGCUGAUGUCAAUGGAAGACAGUUCCCUGUGACUAGAGGCCAGGAUGUUGGCAAGUACCAGGUGUCCUGGAGUCUCCCUCACAAACAGGCCAGCUCUGGAACAUAUCAGGUCAAAUUCUUCGAUGAGGAGUCCUACAGUGCCCUGCGUAAGGCCCAGAGAAACAAUGAAGAUGUAAAUGCCAUUCAGCCUCUUUUCUCUGUCAACAUUGACCACAGGGGUGCUUGGAAUGGCCCAUGGGUGUCUACUGAGGUGGUGGCUGCCCUCAUGGGUAUCCUGGUCUACUACAUGGCCUUCAGUGCUAAGGGCACCAUCCAAGCAUAAAGGAUUCACAAUCACUGGAUCUUUAAAGACUGUAUUCUGGUGGAUCUUGACCAACAAUCCAUCAUCCAGUGUUGUGGCGAGCCAAGAGGAUUUUGCCACUUGAUCUACUUUGGGACAAGGAGCAAGAGCAGCAGUCUUUGUAUUUGUUUUUAUUCAGACCUUGUCUGUAUGCCAUCAGUCUUAUACAUUUUUCAGAUGAAUUUCGUCAAAAGUUUGUUUUGUCAAUAUGGAUGUAAUUUUGUAAUUUUUUGAUAAAACCAAACAAUAAACCUGGACCACAUAAAUUAACAAAACAAAUAUAGGUCAUGUAUUCAGUCCUGCUUAAAAGAUGUUGCUACAUCCAGACUAGAUUAUUCUUUGUCCUCCUGUAUGAAUGCACUGGCCAGAUUGGGACUUGUACAAAUGUGCGGAACAUCAACAGAGAGCGGUCAAGACCUCAGUGCGUAUAAUAUGUCAACAAUUUGACGUGCACUGGCUGGCCUGAACAGGUCUAGUGUAUGUCUCUUCCAGUAAAUUUAAUAAAUGGCUUGUUUUUCUUCCAGUGUAA